CCCUUCUAUCUAGCUUUCUCCACCUUUCUCAUUUCUUUUGACAAGUGCAUCAUGUCCGCCACCGAAGACUUGUUGCUAGUGGCUCCACACCUUCAUCUUUUCAAUGAGGUCCAUACCGAGUACGUUCGUCGAAGGACCAAGCAUUGUCACGAAGAUAUGGAUUGCGAGGAACUCUACACUCUCCUCUUUCGAGACAUUCGUCGGCAUGCGUCGGUGUACGUGCACGUCCUCUUUCAAAUGAACGAUCUCUAUGCCGAAAAAUGCUCCGUCAUACUCUGUAUAUUGGCCCACAUUCUACGUAUCAAAGGCAAGAACGAACCGUGCCGGCAAGUAUUGGACUUACUCGAUGGCACGGUCCUCAAGGUAUACCAACAACGCGCAUUACUGUCGUCCAAACUGCGACGAUACAGCAACAACCACCGACGACGACCCACCAAACAGAUCCAACGCUGCAAGGCAUUGACGUACAAGGUGAACGAUGUACGCAUUGACAUUCACUCCCAGCCAGGAGGAGUUCAAACAACGGCGUUGGAAGCCUUGCGAGAAGCGUGUCAUUAUGAAUUGGAACAACAGUUUGCUUUUGAACAGCAAAAAUGGCUUGUAGUGCUAUUCUCCAUUGUGGGGCCGUCCUACGAACAAUUGACCAAUCUCGAUAUUCAAAGUGUACACGAUGAAACACUCUGGCAGGCACUCUUGCAGCACAACCGGCCAUCUUCCGCCUAUCAUGUCGAAUUAGGAAAAUGUCAUGGAUGUGAUCGCUUGGAAUCGACGAGAGGAGAAUUUGAAGAAUGUUCCAACUGUCUCAAAGUGGCAUACUGUUCCUAUGAAUGCCAGUUGCAAGAUUGGAAAAAGAGUCACAAGAAACAGUGCUGUCGACACACGGAUCAUUUCGUCCAACGAAAGCGCCCUCUUUCCUUUGUGCCGUGGAUCUAAAAAAGUGCUGUAGUUGGUGAUUAGUGGUACCUGGUAGUUCUUAACAAAUGCAUGACUUGAUACGAUACCAGUACGGUACGGUGUGGCUCGACUGCGGCAGAGUUAUAACAUAGUUGUGGUUUCAAGGAAUGACUUUUCCACCAAAUCAAGGACAGAUCUCUUCUUCAGACGAUGUUUGUUCACAACUAGCUAGCUAGACUAGUAAACGUACUGUAGAGCAUUGCGGGA